UAAUACUAUUCCUGAAUCUAAAUUCAAACCCUUAGAUGGUAUAAGAGUAUUAGAACUUGGGCAGAUAAAAGUAGAACCACCAAAAACAGGGGAUCCAUUAAGAGUUUGGAGACAUUUAGAUAUUGAUGGGGUAAGUCCUUGGUUCAGAUCAAUGGGUAGAAAUAAAAAAUCUUGUGAGAUUAAUUUGCCUGAUAGUUCAGAUAUUUUAAUUGAAAAUUUUCGACCUGGUACAAUGGAAAAAUGGAAUCUUGGUCCUGAUGAGCUUUCUAAAACUAAUCCUUCAUUGAUAUACACUCGUGUAUCAGGAUAUGGUCAAACUGGUCCAUAUGCAUUAAAACCUGGAUAUGCUUCAGUUUGUGAGGCAAUGGCAGGCUUUCGACAUAUAAAUGGUUUUCCAAACCAACCACCAGUCAGACCAAAUAUUUCACUAGGUGAUUCAGUAGCUGGAUUGACUGCUGCAUUAGGAUCUGUUAUGGGGUUAUUGGCCAGAGAUAAAAUAAAAUCUAACACUGUUGAUACUAUGAUGAUAACAGGCCAAGUGAUUGAUGUGGCAAUUUAUGAAAGCAUGUUUAAUAUGAUGGAAGGAAUAUUACCAGAAUAUGAUAGAUUUGGAGAGAUAAGACAGCCAUCUGGCACAACAGUUACUGGUAUAGUUCCAACAAAUGCAUAUCAAUGUUCUGAUUCCAAAUAUGUUAUCAUAGGUGGUAAUGGUGACUCAAUUUAUAAAAGACUUAUGGAGGCAGCCGGUAGAAUAGAUUUGACAGGUGAAAAGUAUGCCACAAAUAAACAGAGAGUUAAACAUCAACAAUUGAUUGAUGAUGCAAUAAAUAAUUGGACAAAGACUUUAACAUCAAAACAAGUAAUUGAGAGUUUGGAACAGGUUGGUGUACCAUGUGGUGGCAUUUAUAAUAUAAAGGAUAUUGUGAAUGAUGAGCAUGUGAAGGAACGUGAAUUAUUGGAAGUGGUUAAAGUUGGUGGCAAUAAUUCUGACAAUGGUUGGAAUUUAAAGAUUCCGGCAAUUACACCAAAAUUAACAUCUACACCUGGUAAAACUAAUUGGGCAGGUCCAGAUUUAGGUCAACAUAACAAAGAAAUAUUUGUAAAUGUAUUGAAAUUAAGUGAACAAGAAAUUAUAAAAUUACAAGAAAGUCAAAUUAUUGGAAAAACUUUAUGA